UGGCUGGGAUGACGGCUUGACGGUGCGUCGGUGCGGACAGGUGGAAGCUCCGGUCUGACGAGCUGCUGUUGUUCUUCACUACAAAGAGAGACGAGAACCGGAGAAAGUCUGAGAAUUGACACCGAAACAAAACCAUGAAGCCUCGGCGGUGAAUUUACAAACUGUCCGCUGAUUUCAACCACUAAUUCUGACGGUUUUCAUUUAUUUUUAUUUUAGUGAAAAAUGUCCGAAAGACGAGAGAAAAAUCCAACAGAAACUGCGCAGUCAUAGUUUAAUGGGAGCGGUGACCUGAGCAGAUAUGGCCGCUGACGACAAGGUUGCCAUCCUGACCGACGACGAGGAGGAGCAGAAGAGGAAGUAUGUUCUGGCCGAGCCCUUCAACACGCUGUCGAUGGCUCGGCAGGACGCCGCCUCGGAGGCUCCGCCCGAGCAGACGGUGGCGGCGCAGCCCGACUCCAUCGACUGCUGCGAGCGCAUGUGUCUCCGCAUCAACAGCCACCUGCUGGUCUCCAAAGUCUUCUACUUCUUCUUCUACGCCGCCUAUGGCUCGCUGCACCCGCUGCUGCCCGUCUACUACAAGCAGCUGGGCAUGUCGGCCAGCCGCAGCGGGCUGCUGGUGGGCAUCCGCUACUUCAUCGAGUUCUGCAGCGCCCCCUUCUGGGGCGUGGUGGCCGACCGCUUCAAGAAGGGCAAGGCCGUGCUGCUGUUCUCCGUCCUCUGCUGGCUCUUCUUCAACUGCGGCAUCGGCUUCGUCAAGCCGGCCGAGAUGAAAUGCGAGGAGAUCGGAGCGUCUCCCGUGACGACGCUGCCGCCCCUGAUGACGACGACGCUCCCUCAAAGCAACGCCACCAUUCAGAGCGGCUCCACCAUUCAGAGCGGCUCCACCAUUCAGAGCGGCCCCACCAACCGGACCAGGAGCCGCCGGAGCCUCCUGGACCUGCCUGGACUUCCUGAGCUAAUGGACUCUUACUUCAGCGUCCUGCACAGACUCAGACGGAGCGACGACGCCAACAUGACCUCAGCUCCUGUUACCACCCAGCCGCCUCCAAACACCACCCUGCAGACCACCACCACCCCGACCACCACCUCCAAGAAGAAGUUCCAGAUCAUCUACAACCAGGACCAGGUGGAGACCAUCUUCCUGCUCAUCCUGCUGGUCAUCAUCGUGGGUGAGUUCUUCAGCGCCCCCGCCGUCACCAUCGUGGACACCGUCACGCUGCAGUACCUGGGGAAAGCCCGCGACCGCUACGGCCUGCAGCGGAUGUGGGGGUCUCUGGGUUGGGGCGUGGCCAUGCUGCUGGUGGGCAUCUGGAUCGACCACACCCACCUCAGCGUCCUGAUCGACGGCGUUGGCUGCGUCCUGCCCGACUAUCGGCUGCACAACUACCAGAUCGCCUUCAUCGUGUUCGGCGUGCUGAUGGGCGUGGCCUUCAUCGUGGCCACGCAGUUCUACUUUGAGAAGGGCGGCGACUACCAGCAGGAGCUUCCAGAGGUGGUGGAGGACUCGGCCAGCCCUCAGACCUCCACCCCCGAGUCCGGCUCCUCGGACCAGACCCCGAGCAGCCCCGAGCAGGAGUUCCACUACAGCGACCUGCUGAAGCUGCUGUGUAGCGUCCGCUACAGCUCCGUGCUGUUCGUCGCCUGGUUCAUGGGCUUCGGCUACGGCUUCGUCUUCAGCUUCCUCUACUGGCACCUGGAGGACCUGAAGGGAACCAACACCCUGUACGGGGUUUGUUCCGUCCUCAGCCACAUCUCAGAGCUCGCCGCUUAUUUCACCAGCCACAAGUUCAUCGAGCUGGUCGGACACGUCAGAGUUCUGUACAUCGGCCUGGCCUGCAACACGGCCCGCUACCUGUACAUCUCGUACCUGCAGAACGCCUGGACGGUGCUGCCCAUGGAGGUCCUUCAAGGUGUGACUCACGCCUCGGUUUGGGCGGCCUGUAUCUCCUUCCUGAGCGCCGCGGUGCCCCCGGCUCUGAGGACGUCGGCUCAGGGGAUCCUGCAGGGCCUCCACCUCGGAUUGGGUCGCGGCUGCGGAGCGACGGUCGGCGGAGUGUUCGUCAGUUAUUUCGGCGCUGCAGCGACAUUCAGGGGAAUCGGCAUGGCCUCCCUCGUCAUCCUCCUCAUUUUCUCCUUCAUCCAGUGUCUGACCGGAGACGACGAAGGCAAAGAGAACAAGAUGUUGGCGGAGAACAUCCCGGUUCCCUCCAGCCCAGUUCCCAUCGCCACCAUCGACCUGGUUCAGAGCCAGACGGCCGCCGGCAGCCCGUCUCCGGCUCGCCAGGCCGCCGUGCUGCCCGUGAAGAAGACCAAACACCAGGAGGACCAGGAGGACGCCAACCGGCCGGCCUGGGUCCUCUCUGCAGCCCCCUGGGUCACCAUCGCCUUCGCCGUCGUCCAGAUCCGGGAGAUGAUGAAUGUUAGGAAGAGCAGCGGGCCGCCGCCAGAGACCCAACCACUGCAGGUACCUAGUGAGCAGGCUUCAGUUUCAUCACAUGGAAACCAUAGCGACGACGCCACGGAACCACCGGCAGAAACACCCACGACGCCGAACGACACCCACCCAGCACCCACAGACUCUAACGAUCACCCGCCUACUUCAGAAGGAACACAAGAAAACCCAGCAUUCACAUUCUCAGCGGAAAACGCACACUGACGGCAUUUAGAUUCAAUUUAUUCACACCAAGCUUCAAGCUUCUGCAGGGUCUUGAAAAGUCAGUGUUAAAAUCAGCUGCUGUGGUGUUUGAACUGAACCCGCUGCAGCUUAAAUUGCAUAAACACUGUAUUUAUGGAGAUUACUGUAAACAUUUGUGCGAGUUCUCGCAUAAAAUGAGGCACACGUGUCCAGAAAAUAUCCAGCAAGGCUGGAAAAAAUGUUUGUAUGUUGUUGAAAUGGAUGAUUUUUGCAGCGGGGACUUUGGUUUAAAUGUGGAGGUGAAUUUGGGAGCAAAUCACCCCUGUGCACUGUUGUUAUUAUUGUUGUUGUUGUUAUUAUUAACUGCCGGUGGAGUGUGAAGGGAAACCUUCAAAUAUAAAUGUGCCUCUUGAUAACUUAUUCAACUUAAUGUACUUAAAAAGCAAAGAAAAUCUAAAGUUUUAUGCACGAAAUGGCGUUUAAAAGAAGUGACAAUAUGCAGCUUUAGCAAAAUAAAAGCAAAAACAUACCAAAAUAAACUACAUUUUACUAACUUACCAGUAGCUGAGGUUAUUCUCUGACACAAAGUAUAAUAUUUGAGAGAUUUUUAAAUUGCAGUAGGGAUUUUUCAUGUACAGUUUUUAUACUGACAGUAUCACUGUGGACUGGCUGCACUGUGCAGCUAAUUUCACAAUAAAAGCCUCCCGGUUUCUCCCUCCUUCUGGAUGCUUUUAUUUUGAAGCAGCAGCAGAAAGAGGUUUUUGUGUUUGCAGUAAUUUAAUCCAUAAUUAACAGUCAGGUUUAAUGCAUUAAAGGGAUAUUCCAGAUUCAAAACAGACACCAAAAUGUUAAUAAACACAAGAAAUGCAAAUAGUAAGCAGACUGUAGUGACUUUACACUAAUGUGAGUCGUUAUCUUCAAUAAAAAUCUGUAUUUUAAGGUUAGGGGAGUUAGCGUCUCAGCUGUGUACAUACGGUUAUUUGUGUGAGCUUUUAAAAAGCCCAAAUGCUCUGCAGACAUUUCCAAAAUCCCCAAAGAUUCCUGUAAACAUUUUCAGUACCCACUUAAAACAGACUUAUGAAGAUGCACAGUAACACAAAAUAAAAGUUAAAUUUUUGCUCCAUGUUUGGUCCAUGUUGCAUGAAUUAAGCAGAUUAACGUCUUUUUUUUGGCCACCAUAUUAAUGAAAAAAGAAUUUCUUUUGACAUUUGUACCGAUUUAGGAAAGUACAAAGAAAGUAAAUGAAUGAAAACACUCAUAAAAUAGAGUAAAUAUGGAUUUGAAAGAAAAUAAAACAAAACAAGUAAAUCUGCUGAUGGUUUCUUUUUAAUUUAAUUUUUGUGAUUUAUUUAUAUGAAUUUAAUCCGUUUUCAGUGCAGUUUUGCACAUUUAGACCAUUAAAAAGACCUUUCUUUCGUAUUUUGUCACUUCUUUUAAAUGGAAAAUCAGAUUUUGAACGUUUAAUUCCUUCAUAGGAGCACAUGGUGGGGAUAAAGUGCCUCUUUUUAAGCCUCUUAAUCAUCACUAUUAGGACUUCUUAUGAAGCGAUGUCAAGCAGAGAGCCCUUUACCGUACAUCAGUCUGAUGUUUUUAUACCUAAACUGCCAACAGCUCUCUCUGCUUCUUUGAUUUUCAUGCCAAACUACUCCCAGUAUUGUGUGUUUUCAUGUCAUCUGUGUAGAAAACCUUGAAACUUUUUAGAAAUUCUGUUUACUGUACGAUUAGAGGACAUUCCUGAACAAGAGGGAAGAAAAUGUAAUGUAAUCUGUCAGUGUUUUUUUGGUCUGUGUUUGUGUCCUGAUGGGAAGUUUCAGCCCUUUAAUACAGAAAAGCACUGUGGCUAACGCUA